GGACCACCCAAGUCAACAAAUUCGGAUGAACAAUCACAUGAACAUGAACUACCCGAAUCUGAUAUACGUAUACAAUACCUUCUAAACAGAAUUAAAGAAUUAGAUGUCAUAGUUGAAACUGAGAAGUCACUUAAACGAAAAGUUGACGAGCUUGAAGUUGAAGUACAAAUUUCAGAUAAACGAAGAAAUUAUUAA